AUGGGUACAUUUGUGACCCUGGCAGAAGUGUUGGAGGCCCGGGGUUCACCACUGGAAGAGGAUGAGGUCUGGUGUCUGCUGCUUGCCACUACUGAUGCCUUACUGGACAUUUCCAAGAAAGGUUCAGGCAAUAUGUGCAGUGUGCUGAGCCCAGGCUCAGUGCUGCUGUCAGCCAAUGGGAGUCUGGCCUUUAAGAGCUGUGCACGCUAUGAAGACUUGUCCUCCUUCACAGCUCCUGAGGUCCAGCAGGGUCACACUGCCUCUACAAGGACUGCAGCAGAAAAGAUGGUUGUGUACUCACUGGGGAUGACUCUUUACUGGUGUGUUGAUUAUCAUCUACCUCAAAACCAGCCAGUCCAGCUGACUGCAGAGCUGGAGGGUUUGCUUCUGAGCAUGUGCGAGGACAUUGUGGUCAGGCGGACCGACAUGCUGACAGUGCUAGAGACCUGCGAGCUUCACCACAGGACCUCGAUGCUGCCUCCCCCUGAACGGCUCAUCAGGCAACUGGUAGAGGAUGUCUACAGGAACUCGGUUGAUCAUGUGUCCAUGGCUGAAAAUGGAUCCCGGCUGACAGACCGCAGUCAAAUGAUCAGGGACAGAUUACACAGAGGUUCUUUUAGUAACUCAACUUGGGCGCUGAAGAAGAAGAUUUCUAGAACAUUUUCUGGAGCAUGUUAUCCAUGUGAGCCCACAGGGGUUCCCUCGGGAGGCCGACACAGGGAGAGUUACGGCAGCUGGCAGCAUCUAAACCGCAGCCCAUGUAGUCCAUACAUGGAUGGUAAUAGAAACGCCAACUCAAGAUCCCUCGCACAGUUUGACUCCACAAUGAGUCUGAAUGACAAGAAAGUGAAGGACAUGGGGCCUGAGUUUAUUAGAGUGUUAGAUGAGCCGCAGGUUGUCUUGGAGCUGCCUGGAUCCAUCGUGUCAAAAAAAGGGAAAUCUCUGACCACUCAGAGAGAGCUGAGUGUGGUGAUGCCAAACAGUCAGAACAUCCUGGUCAAGUGUGAGGUGAAAUCCAGAGGAGGGGACGUCUUUGACAUGAUUGUGGCUCACUCCAACCUGGUGGAACAUUUCUACUUUGGCCUUGCUUAUUUUGAUGAUAAUGAGUUUUUCUUCGUGGACAAUGACACCAAGAUUUCCAAAUUUGCUCCAGAUAGCUGGAAGAAAGUGCCUACAACCACAUUUGUCCUUUUCUUCAGGGUCAAAUUCUUUGUCAAUGACAUUUCUGUUUUGCACAAACAGACUCGCCACCAGUAUUACCUCCAGUUCAGGAGAGACCUUUUAGAGGACAGGCUGUCCUGCCAUGAGGAGACUGCUCUUUAUCUGGGAGCUCUGGCCCUGCAGACAGAGUGCGGAGACUGCAUGCCUGAGGUGUAUGGUAGGAACUACUACCGCCCUGACCAGUAUGUCUCCAAGAGCGUGAUGGAGAAACGUGCCUUGCCUUACAUUCAGGAGGAGCUGAUCCGACUUCACACCAACAACGCUCAGAUGCUCACUGACGAAUCAGAGCUUGAGUUCCUCAAGGUGUGUCAGCAGUUGCCUGAAUACGGCGUGUUGAUCUACCGUGUGACGCGUGAGAAAAAGAGCUUAGAUGGGGAGAUCAUCCUCGGGGUUUGUGCCAAAGGAGUCAUUGUCUACGAGGUUAAAGAUGGUAGCCGAUCCACCAGUCAGACUUUCUACUGGAGGGAGACAGCAACAAUCUCUUCUAAUAGGCGUAAAUUUGUAAUAGAGAGUCGUGGCAGCAAGAAGAAGUACAUGUUCAUCACAGAGAGAUCAAGGAUAGCCAAAUAUCUGUGUAACCUCUGUUCAGCCCAACACAAGUUCAACAAUGAAAUGAACUCUCGCCAGCUUAGCCACAGCCUGGUCUCAGAGGAGAACAUAGUGCAGUAUGCGGCAGUGUGUCGUGCUCAGAGCAGCCGGCUCAAGUCCUUCUCCUGCUCAGAGACUCCACAGGACGACAGUGGUCUCACCACACCUCAGGAUGAGACCUUGAACAAGCUCUGUUACGAUGUCACAUCGAGGAUCGAGGCCCGCAUCAAACAGCAGCGCCUCCAAGACCAGAGCAUCUGCUCCAGCAGUCAGCGCAGCAGCACUGGGAUGCGUUCCCCAGCCUGCUCUCAGAGGAGCGGAUCUGAGGCACCGUCUAGCUCCCCAGCAGCCAGAGACACCCCAACAAAACUUGGGUCAUCCUCAGAGAGAGAAGUCUUAUGUGUUACCCUAAAGAAAGACCCAAAGCUUGGCCUAGGUGUAGUGAUAGUGGGAGAGGACACUGUGGGGCAUUAUGACUUGGGCAUAUUUGUUGCAUCCCUUGUGCCCGGUGGACCCGCUGAUAAAGACGGGCGCAUCCGACCAGGUGGUCGUCUGAUCUCUCUGAACCACAUCAGCCUGGAGGGCGUCACCUUCAGUGAGGCAGCGGAGGUCAUGCAGAGCAGCCCCGAGGAGGUGCAGCUCAUUAUCUCACAGCCAAAAGUGGGCCUCAGUCCAAACAGUAUGCGCUCGUCUGUGUUGAGGAAUUAUGACAGCCACACCACGCUGCUGACGGACGGUCGAUCAGGAGAUGACAGCCUGGAUGAAAUGAUUCCAGUCAUGAUGACGCCAAAGACCGGCAACAGGCUUCACGUGCCUCGAGAAGUGCGAGUCCUCGGUGCACAGGAGAGACCAGAGGAGAUCACAGUGGAGCUCCGAAAGAUAUCAGGCAGCCUGGGCAUCAGCAUCUCUGGUGGUAUCGACACUAAUCUUCCUAAUGGAGGAAUCUACAUAAGAAACCUUGUUGCAGGCGGGGCUGCAGAGAGAGAUGGACGUAUACAUUCAGGUGACAGACUGUUGGAGGUGGAUGGCAUUAGCUUCCAGGGCUUCACCUACCAGCAGGCUGUGGAGUGUCUGAGUAAAACUGGGGAGGUGGUAACGCUGGUUUUAGAAAGGGUGUUGGUGAACCUACCCAGGGUCUCUCUCAGUGCAGACACCAACAGCAGCGCGUCCAACCAGAGCAUGAGUCCAGCUACCAGCCGGCUAAGGAUCAACAGCUGCUCGUCUAUCAGUACUAAUCCAAACAUCUCUGACCGGUACAGGGACUACAACUUUGUCACUGAUGAUAACACCCAGGAAGUGACUCUGACAAAGAGCGCCACCGGUCUGGGCUUCAGCUUCAUCAUGUGUGAGCUGGAUCCACCCACUCUGGACUUCGGCAGCCUGGUCCGGAUAAAGCAGCUUUUCCCUGGACAGCCGGCCCAGCAGAGCGGCCGGAUCCAGGAGGGAGACGUGCUGCUGGCCAUCAAUGGCCAGUCACUCAAGGACCUGUCCUAUCCAAGAGUGUUAAAGCUGUUCAAGACUUCUCCACCUGAGGUCCGACUGACUCUCAGUCGGCCUGCACCAGGGAUCCUUCCCUCCAUCAAUCAGUUUACCGGCACAUGA